CAAAACUUAUGCGAAAAAGGAACAUUAAAAUCAUUAAAGGCUGAUUAGUGCAAAAUAUAAUUGCGGGGUGAACCAACCCGAGUCAACAACAGAAAUUGGAGUGGGGGAAAUGGAGUCGGAUGAUCCGAAACUCUCAGAAGAGGCGACGUCGAAGAUCGAGCAGCCGCCUUCCUUAUCGGAGCGUUUACUGAUCCCCACUCUUCUCGCAGGAGUAAGUGGAGGAGGAGUUGGACUAUUGUCAAAACGUAGGAAAGCUCAUCCCAAUAUACCAGCUACCUAUGCUACUAAUUCUGCCAUCGUUGCUGCUUCCUAUUUGGGGGUUCGUGAAUUGGUUAAAGUAACUAGAAAAUCACAAGACGAUGAUUUAAUGAAUUCAGCCAUCGGUGGUCUUUUCACUGGUGCGUUAUUAGGACGACUUCAAGGAGGACCUCGUGGUGCGUUUCGAUACUCUAUAGCUUUUGCUACGUUUGGCACAGCAUUUGAUUAUGCUAGCCUUAGAUCAAAACCUUUAUUAGAGAGGGUGCGUAACAUAGAUUCAAUCACGUUACCUGUGUGGUUUCCUAUACAAAUUCUCGACGAAGAAGCCCUUGCUAAAAAGAAAGCUGAAGAACAGAAACUCUUCCCAAGAUUGAACAAAGAAAAAUCUUGACAUCCGAUAAAAAUCAGUUUCGAAAGCUGGUUUGUUUAUUUCGUCGACGUAAUUCCGGGUUUUGGAUGACUUUGAAGAGGAACCUUCACCUUUUUGUUUGUUGACCUACAAAAUGUUCACUUCUUAGAUUUGCUUUGGCUGGUUGUGGUUGUUGAAUUUGGUGUCGCUAUAUUCAACAGUUAUGUGAUAUUACUAUGUGGUUUUUUCGCUAUAUCCAAAAAUAAUAAUUUUAUAACUAAAAGUUUGUUAUAAACGUGAAAAAACAAUGUCAAUAUGG